AUGGCCAUUGAUGGUAACCUCGUUUCCCUCUCAGUCCUCAUUGCUAUGCUAAGAAAAUGCAUGUACGGGGUUUCAACUUAUGCAAAAGCAACGGAAGCCUUACAAGUGCUAAGGCGGUACAAAUAUGAUUUUGACAUCGUCGUCGCAGCCAUGGUGGGGAUCGACAUGGACAGCCUCGAUCUCUUGAAGAUCAUUGAUUCCGAGCUGGGCAUACCGGUCAUUGUAGCAUCAGCAAGUGGUGAUCAACAGGUCAUAACGAAGGCCAUAUUCCAUGGGGCUCGAGACAUCCUAAAGAAGCCUGUACGUAUUUAA